GUAUUCCUCACAGCCAGCUUAUUGGAGACGAGGAUUGCUGGUUGAGUAUCUCUGUUUUUUGUGGAUUCUAAGCCAAAUCUCAAAAAGGUAAUCUUCCUAGAUCCUUUCUUUAUCAUACCCACUUUUUGUUUUUCUUUAUUUCCUUCAAAGGAAAACCAAAUUGUCUUAAGCCUUUCUCAAUUGUAAAUAUAUUUGUGUAUCUCUGGUAACCCUCGUUCUUGUUUAUGAUUGCUUUCUAGUUAGGAUAGGGAAGAUUUUCUUUUGGAUGAUUGUAUUUGUGAACAAAUUUAUGAGCUAUAUGGUAGGGUAGGGUUUGUGUAAGAAAAGCUUUGAUUAUGUGAUGGGUGUGCUGUAACGUGUUGUGGUUACUGUGUGGGACUGAAAAUUAGUGUUUUUUAUCAAAACAAAAGAUACCCAUUAAGGGGAUUAGGGUAACAAUGGGAGAGGAUUUGCUGACAAGCCUAUCUAUAGAGAAUCACCACCCAUCCACGCUAUUGUCCAUGGAUUCAAGUGGGAUUUCCCAUGAAGAAUUGGACCUUGAGAUGAAUCGGCCAGCAGUUCUUCCUCGACCUCCUGAUAUUAAUCUCCCGCUGUCUGCUGAGCGUAGUCCGCCUUUGCAAGUGUUGUUUGACCCUUUUGAUAUGCUGCUAGAUGUUGGCCUUGGUACUCAAAUUCAUGAGUCUGAUACUCUUCUUAAUGUGCCCAAGAUGGGGAGAAAAUGUGCUAAGAGGUUGGAUAGUGUGUGGGGUGCUUGGUUUUUCUUCAGUUAUUACUUUAAGCCAGUGUUGAAUGAGAAAUCAAAGUGCAAGAUUGUGUGGGAUAGUAAUGGGGUUUCUGGGUUUGAUAAGACAGAUCUUGAGCUUGAAGUGUUCUUGGUUCAACAUGAUAUGGAGAACAUGUACAUGUGGGUAUUUAAGGAAAGGCCCGAAAAUGCAUUGGGUAAGAUGCAAUUGAGGAGUUACAUGAAUGGGCACUCUCGCCAGGGUGAGCGCCCAUUUCCAUUUAGUGUUGAGAAGGGGUUUGUUCGGUCUCAUAGAAUGCAGCGAAAGCAUUACAGGGGUCUCUCGAAUCCCCAGUGUGUGCAUGGUAUUGAGGUUGUUCCAUGUCCCAAUUUCAAGGGUCUUGAUGAGGAAGAGCAGAAAAGGUGGAUGGAACUUACAGGGAGGGAUCCAAACUUCACAGUCCCACCUGAAGCAAUUGAGUUUUGUUCGUGGAGGAACCUUCCUAGCACUGAAUUUGAGCUUGAGAGGCCCCUUCCCCCAUUGAAGACAAAUUCAAAUCCCCAUCCGAAAAAAUUGCUUAAUGGUUCUGGUUUGAAUCUGGCAACUCGGCCAGCACACCUUGGAAAUGGUAGUGGGAUGGACCUCUCACCUGCUUGCAACAAGAGGAAGAAGGAUUUGUUUCUACACGGUAAUGAUGACGAUUGUUUUUUACAAAUGAAUCAACAAAAUGAUAGAGUUCAAGAUACUGAAAUUCACUCAGUUGAACCGCCCUGGUUAAAUGAAUUUAGUGGGGUAAUGAGGAAUAUAUAUGGACCUGUCACGGCUGCAAAAACCAUCUAUGAGGAUGAACAAGGAUACUUGAUAAUCAUCAGCUUGCCUUUUGCUGACCUUAAAAAGGUGAAAGUUACUUGGUGGAAUAAUCUCACGCAUGGUGUUGUGAAGAUAUCAUCUAUAAGCACAGCUUGCAUGCCCUUUAUCAAGAGAAAUGAAAGAACUUUCAAGCUCACUGAUCCAUCUCCAGAACAUUGCCCUCCUGGUGAGUUUGUGAGGGAAAUCCCACUACCCACCCGGAUCCCAGAUGAUGCCAAGCUAGAAGCAUAUGGUGAUGAAACAGGAACUGUUCUUGAGAUCAUGGUGCCAAAGCAUCGUGUGGGACCAGAAGAACAUGAAGUUCGUGUUUGCCUUCGUCCUCACCUUGGAGCAAAUGAGCUUUUACUAUCAUGAAUGAGGCUUUUAUUGGAGAAACGUAAGGGUAGCUGUAUUGUCAUUUUGUCAUUACUUUGUAUGAGAGAGAGAAUUUUUUAUACUUACGAAAUAAAAUAUACAUGUUUACUUAAAUAAA